AUGCAAAGCAGGAAUGCCUCUGUUUCGUUGGCGAAUUUGCUGCAAAAUUGCAUAGAUCAUAAAGCGUACAAGGCAGGAAAAAUAAUUCAAGCUCAGAUUUUUCGCACCGGUAAAAUUUCAAAUACUUUUCUGGUGAACCGCCUGAUUGAGCUAUAUUCAAAAUGCGGCCGUACGUCAGCCGGCCGCCGCCUGUUCGACCAAAUGCCUCUGAGAAACAUAUUCUCCUACCACGCUAUUUUAGAUUCUUACUGCAAAUUAAAUGACGUCGAUAAUGCAUAUCAAGUGUUCGAUCAAAUGCCGGAAAGGAACUCCGUUUCUUGGAACUUGAUUAUUAGUAUGCUGUUGAAUGGUUUCGUGCCCACCCGCUUCACGUUGGCCAGUGUUUUGAGUGCUUGUGGGGGUUUGGGCAAUGUGGAGUGUGGCAGGGAGUACCAUGGACUUGCUACCAAGCUCGGACUUAGCGCGAAUUUGUACGUUGGGAAUGCUUUGUUGGGAAUGUAUAUGAAGUGUGUUUCUAUAGAAGACGCGAUAAUGGUUUUUGAGGACUUGCCGGAGCAUAAUGAGGUCUCAUUCACUGCAAUGAUGGAGGGGUUAGUAGGAGCUGAUCGCAUGGAUGAAGCAUUUGACAUGUUUAGAUUGAUGCAUCGAGAGAGGAUCAUAGAUUGUGUCUCGCUUUCAAGUGUGUUGAGUGUUUGUUCCAAAUGUGAAUUCGGUAAUGGCAAUGAGGGGAAAAGGCAUGUGAUGCACGGGGAACAGAUACAUGGUCUACUUGUUAAAGUUGGUUUUUUGGGAGAUCUGCACGUAAACAAUUCGUUGCUUAACAUGCACGCGAAGCUUGGGUGUAUGGACUGUGCAGAGACAUUGUUCAUCCAGCACUGCCCAUCCAGCGCUGCCCAUCCAGCGCUGAUAAUCAAGAGUUGA